UUCCGAGCAGCACCUGAAGGCAGCAGGCUGGUUCUAUCCUCCUCCUCCUCCUCUUCAUUCUCCUCUUCAUCCUCCUCCUCCAGCUGAAGCGGACCGGACCGGGUUGUGGGCCCUGGAUGUCCAGUGCGGCUCGGUGCUGGGAGCAGCAGCGGGCCCUGAAGGGAGCUCGGAGCGGCGGGGAGCUGCAGUGUGAUGCGUCGGUGAGACGGAGAUCCUCCGGCCAGGAUGGGCAACAAGCAGACAACCUUCACCGACGAGCAACUGGAGGCGUUUCAGGACUGCACCUUCUUCACCCGGAAGGAGAUCCUGAGGCUCCACGGGCGGUACCGUGAGCUGGCUCCUCAUCUGGUUCCUCUGGACUACACCAACAACCCGGACAUCAGAGUUCCUCUGGCGCUGAUCGUCACCAUGCCGGAGCUGAAGGAGAACCCGUUCAGGGACCGGAUAGUGCAGACGUUCUCUGAGGACGGACAGGGGAACCUCAGCUUCAACGACUUUGUCGACAUGUUUUCUGCUCUUUGUGAAACUUCACCCAGAGAUCUAAAGACCAUCUACGCCUUCAAGAUCUACGACUUUAACAGGGAUAACUUCAUCUGUAAGGACGACCUGCAGCAGACCCUGAACCUGCUGACCAAAGGAGAGCUGACGGAGGACGAGGUUCUGCUGGUGUGUGAUAAAGCUCUGGAGGAGGCCGACCUGGACGGAGACUCCAAAUUGUCCUUCUCUGACUUCCAGAACAUGAUCUCCAAAGCUCCAGACUUCCUCAGUAACUUCCACAUCAGGAUAUGAGGCCUCCAGCUGAGAUCCUGCAGACAACAGACGUCUCACUCCUCCCUGUUUCCAGAACCUCAGACCACCACUGAGCCUGUCCUUUCUACGGCAGAGGAGAGUCUUCUUCUUCUUUCUGAGAGCUGGAUGGAUGGACAGGUGGACAGGUGGACAUGUGGACGGGGUGGUGGAGGAUGAUGAACAGUGCUUUGGGACUGGAGUGCUGUAGGAGUGGAGUGCUCGUCACCGUUGUUCCAGAAAGCACACCUCUAAAGGGCACACAGAGACACAGAGCUAUGCAAUCAUUGUCCUGCAUGCUGAAGCUGCUUGUAGUGAGUUUAAUGUCUGGUAGUUCUGGUGCAUCACGACAAUCAUAGAAACUGUAGCUCAGUUGAUGAAGGGCUCUGUCAUCUCACCUGUCUCUCUACAUGUCAAUAAAACCUUUUUCUGUG